GUCUAUUGAAAUCCUCCAAUCAUACAAGUGCACGCUCGCCUUCUUCAAGAGCAAUCUAGACACAUACAAGCCUCGCCUAGCUUACGACACCAUGGCAGACAAGUCAAAACCAACCGAAGAGCGUCCACGAUACGUUUUCUUCUUUACCGGGCCAACAGCAUGUGGGAAGUCAACGAUAGCAAAAUACGUAGCCGAUAGGCUGCACUUGACCUUCCUAGAAGGUGACGAUUUCCACCCCCGCGCCAACAUCGAAAAGAUGCACCGCGGCGAGCCUCUCACGGACGACGACCGCAAGGGCUGGCUCUUCGCCCUCCGCGACCACGAGACCUACCACCCGACCGGCGCAGGAGAGGACAAGAAGACCCUGCACCUGGCCAUCACCUGCUCGGCGCUGAAACGACAAUACCGCGACGUGCUGCGCCAGGGGUCGGCGCAGAGCCCAAACCUGCGAGUGCGGUUUGUGUACCUGGACGCGCCGGAGGAGGUUCUGAUGGACAGGGCGAGGCGGCGGAAGGGCCACUUUGCCGGGGAAAAUCUGGUGCACUCGCAGUUUCUGAGCCUGGAGAGGCCUGGGGUGGAGGAGGAGGAUGUGGUCCUGGUGAAUGUGGAUCGGCCGCUGGAGGAUGGAGAAAAGGAGGCGGUGGAGAGGGUGAGGGAGAUAUUGGAGAGGGAAGAUUCUGGGUAG